AUGACUUCUGUCCCCAAAGCCAGCUGGAACGUGAGCAUGAGCAGCAGGUGGAACAUGAGCCUUGCUGCAGCGGGCGAUCCCUGGGGACAGGUGCUGGGAAUGCCAGCUGGAAAUGCUUCUCCCCCCAUAGCAUCCUCAGCAGCCAACUUCUCCAAUCAGUUUGUGCAACCCUCUUGGCGCAUUGCCCUGUGGUCUCUGGCUUAUGGUGGUGUGGUGGCAGUGGCCGUUUUUGGAAAUCUUAUUGUCAUCUGGAUUAUCCUGGCUCACAAGCGCAUGAGGACGGUGACCAAUUACUUCUUGGUGAACCUGGCCUUCUCUGAUGCCUCCAUGGCUGCUUUCAAUACUCUCAUCAACUUCAUCUACGCGCUGCACAGCGAGUGGUACUUUGGGGAGGCUUACUGCCGCUUCCACAACUUCUUCCCAAUCACAGCUGUCUUCGCCAGCAUCUACUCCAUGACAGCGAUAGCUGUGGACAGAUACAUGGCCAUUAUUGAUCCUUUGAAACCUAGGCUCUCUGCAACUGCGACCAAGGUGGUCAUUGGGAGCAUAUGGAUUUUGGCUUUCCUGCUGGCCUUUCCCCAGUGCCUAUACUCCAUAACCAAGGUGAUGCCUGGGAGAACUCUUUGCUAUGUAGCAUGGCCAGGUGGUCCAAAACAGCAUUUUACGUAUCAUGUCAUUGUGAUUGUGCUGGUCUACUGCUUUCCACUGCUUGUCAUGGGCAUCACUUAUUCCAUAGUGGGAAUUACCCUCUGGGGAGGAGAAAUACCAGGCGACACAUCCGACAAAUACCACGAGCAGCUCAAAGCUAAGAGAAAGGUGGUAAAAAUGAUGAUUGUGGUUGUGCUGACAUUUGCCAUCUGCUGGCUGCCCUACCACAUUUACUUCAUAGUUACUGGGAUCUAUCAACAAUUAAAUCGAUGGAAAUACAUUCAGCAAAUCUAUUUGGCCAGCUUUUGGCUUGCCAUGAGCUCUACAAUGUACAAUCCCAUCAUCUACUGCUGUCUUAAUAAGAGGUUCCGAGCUGGCUUCAAGCGAGCUUUCCGCUGGUGCCCCUUCAUUGAGGUGUCCAGCUAUGACGAGCUAGAGCUCAAGGCAGCCAGGUUUCAUCCCACCCGGCAAAGUAGCCUAUACACUGUGUCCAGGAUGGAGUCCAGCAUGACAGUGGUAUUCGACGCUAAUGAUGGAGACAGCACCCACACCAGCCAUAAGAAAAGAGCAGCUCCGAGGGACUUGAGUUUCAACGGCUGUUCACAGAGGAAUUCCAAGACAGUCUCCACAGCCUCAAGUCUCAUCAGUUCACUGCGCACAUCAGUAGAUGAUUAUUCCUAA